AGGGUUAUGAAACCCGGAUCACACAUGGUCGUGCUCUUCUUCGGUUUUCGAGGGAAACCUAUUCUAUGACUAAUUGUACCGACCUUUUGUAAAAACUUUACGAUUAACAGCAGUCAUCUCUAUCGCGAUUUUAUUUAAACAAUCGUUUUAAGAAAACACUUUUGUAACAUCGCUCACUAACUCGUUCACCAAGGUCACAAGUGGCAGUGGAUGUGUUGGAAGCUAAGGCUUGAACACAUGUGCUCGUUGUAAAGUUAAAACGCAGAGGAGCAAGCUGAAAUAUGGCUGGACUUGUGAACUUUGAGGAUGAGAAUGAAGUGAAGCAGUUUUUGGACAACCUGGGAGUGGAGUUCAGCUUCCAGUGCUACAAAGAGAAGGAUCCUGAAGGGUGCCAAAGGCUGGCAGACUACUUGGAUGGAGUGAAGAAGAGCUAUGAAUCUGCAGCACAGGUGCUCAAACAUAACUGUGAAACAAAUGGACAUGGAGAAAGCUGCUAUAAACUGGGGGCUUAUCAUGUCACGGGAAAAGGUGGAGUGACUGAGUGUCUGAAAACAGCCUACUCCUGCUUUAUGCGCUCCUGCAACGCCGGAGGCAAGAAGUCUGUAGAUGCCUGUCAUAAUGUUGGUCUGUUAGCCCAUGAUGGACGAGCUAUGGAAGGCGGACCUGACCUUACGGCAGCUCGGCGGUACUAUGAGAAGGCCUGCGCCGGUGGCUUUGCUCCUUCGUGCUUUAACCUCAGUGCUUUGUUCAUUGAGGGCAAUUCCAAGGGCCUGGCACCAGAUAUGACUCUAGCUUUGAAGUUCGCUGACAGGGCUUGUGAGCUGGGACACGUGUGGGGCUGCGCCAAUGCAAGUCGCAUGUACAGACUGGGGGAUGGUACAGAGAAGGAUGAGAAGAAAGCAGAGGAGCUGAAGAAUCGAGCGAGGGAGCUGCAUGGUUUAGAGAAGGAAAGGCAGCUCAAAUUUGGGGUGUGAAUGUGCCACGCUCGACUAUAUUAUCAAUGU